AUGCUGGCCAAAUUUAUCUGUACACUGCUGCUCGUCGCUAUGGGGUCCGCCGCGAACCUUGACCCUAACUCAUCCAGCUUUACCAGCACUGUUGCCCCUACCAAGACCAUCCGGGCUACAGCACCAACCAGCUCGCCUACUGGGAUUCUCAAGUACGAGCCAAGUACGGGCGGAAACUACUUUGUAGGCGGUGCAUAUGCGCUCUUCAGUGCAACCAUUUUCUUUCACGUCUUUCGACACAAGGAUCUUUGGGCGCUCUGUUUACCAAUUGGCACUUUCUUCUCAGCGAUCGGAUUCUUUCUGCGCCCCUCGCUCGACCCGUACAACGUCAGCUUAGGACUGUACAUUGCUCAAAGUAUGUGUAUUGUCAUCUCUCCCGCUGCAUUCCUCGCCUUCAAUUAUAUGCUCUAUGGCCGAAUGAUCCUGGCGGUGGACAAAAACUUUGGACGCCAGAGCACCGAGACUGAAGCUCUCGAAACCCAGCCUCUGUCGGCUACGCAGAAAAUUACCAAGCUCCACAAAGCGGGUGGACGCAGGACGGAAAGGUCACACAUCUCUUUUGUCCCACCUCGUAUCGUGGGUCGCGUAUUCGUAUGCAGCGAUAUCUUCACGUUCCUGCUCCAGUGCGCUGCUGGCGGACUGCAGGCGAGUGGCGGCAGUGAUAACAAAACCAUGGUCAACGUAGGCGACAAGCUGUAUCUAGGGGCUGUCAUCAUGCAAGGUAUCUCGUACAUUUUUUUCACGCUCUUAGUCACGUACGCAACGUUUAUGGUGAUCCGAGAUGGAGCUCGUGAAAGGGCAAGCGUACAGCACUCCAACACGAUCAUGGGGCUGGGAAAGCACGUCUUUGCGCUGUUUUCCGGGCUUUACUUUUCGUCCAUCUUUAUAAUUAUCAGGUCGCUGUAUAGGAUGAUCGAAUUUGCCCAGGGAUACGACGGCUAUCUGGUAUCCCAUGAAAUCUACCUUUUUGUGCUGGACGCCGCUCCGUUGCUGCUGGCGGUCGGAAUUUGGGUGGUGAUUUGGCCUUCGACGCUCCUCGAACGGAUCUUUGAGAAGCGAUUUUGGGUAGCUGGUAGUUAUCGCCUCUCGAGAACCGCUUCAGGAGCACACUAG